UCAUGUUUGUAUUGCUACAGCUGUGUCGUGUCCCUGAUAUCUCUCUCUCUCUUUUGAAACCUUUGUCGAGUUCAGCCACAACUAAAAACACAACAGAUCCAACUCCAAAUUCAUCACAGUUCCUGUUGACUCUAGUCAAAAUCAAAUUUCAAUCCAAAACAACACUAUGAGCGUAAUCGAUCUUCUUACACGAGUCGAUUCAAUCUGCAAAAAAUACGAUAAAUACGACCUCGACAAGCAGAACAAUGCCAAUGUCUCCGGCGACGAUGCUUUUGUCCGUCUCUACGCCUCCGUCGACUCCGACAUCGAAGCCCUUCUUCAAAAAGCAGAAAAAGCUUCUAAUGAAAGAGGGAAGGCAUCUGCUGUAGCGAUCAAUGCGGAGAUUCGUCGUACUAAGGCCAGGUUGUUGGAGGAAGUUCCUAAGUUGCAGAGGUUGGCUCUCAAAAAGGUAAAAGGCCUUGAGUCGCAAGAAUUUGCUGCCCGUAAUGAUUUGGUUCUUGCACUGCCAGAAAGAAUCCAAGCUAUCCCAGAUGGGACUCCUGUUGCGCCAAAACAAACUGGUGGCUGGGCAUCUUCUGCCUCACGCCCUGAAAUUAAAUUUGAUUCGGAUGGCCGAUUUGACGACGAGUACUUCCAAUCUACUGAGCAAUCAAAUCAAUUCAAGCAGGAAUAUGAAAUGCGUAGAAUCAAACAGGAUCAAGGUUUGGAUAUGAUUGCAGAAGGAUUGGAUACUUUGAAAGACAUGGCGCAUGACAUGAAUGAGGAACUGGAUAGACAAGUUCCCCUAAUGGAUGAGAUUGACGCUAAGGUGGACAAAGCAUCCUCUGAUCUUAAGAAUACUAAUGUUAGACUUAAGGACACAGUUAAUCAGCUUCGAUCCAGUCGAAACUUCUGUAUUGAUAUUGUUUUGCUGAUUAUAAUUCUGGGAAUUGCUGCCUACUUAUACAAUGUGCUAAAGAAAUGAUAUGAUACAGGAAGACUGUCAAUGUAUUCCCAUGAUGCCUGUAUUAAUUUGACAAUAUUGUGUCUGAUUUAUUUUUUUAAUCUUAUCAUUGUGAAAAUUUCCACCCAUCUUGAGAGAUACUGUCCUUUACUUACAGCCCUGUGCAUGCUGUUAUGGUUUUUUUUUUUUUUUUUUUUUUUUUUUUUUUUUUUAACCCUAAGUAUGUUAAAUAGCUGCGGCUUGUUUUAUGUACUUGUCCAGUGUCGUACUUGGUGAAUUAAUGAGAGAUAUCCUUGUGUUUUAUAUAA